AUGUUCCAGACAUUAUACAACUACUUCUGGUGGGACCGGCUCUGGUUGCCAGGAAACCUAACCUGGGCAGACCUCGAAGUCGAAGAUGGGCAGGUCCACGCCAAGGCCUCCGACCUCUACGUCAUCUUCCCUUUUGCCUUCCUCUUUCUCAUCCUCAGACAUCUCUUUGAAAUGUACGUGGCCACCCCACUAGCUGGUCUCCUGAACAUCAAGGACAAAGUACGGUUAAAAGCUGCCCCGAAUCCCAUGUUAGAAACCUUUUACUUCGCUUCUUCCAAACAUCCCAAACAGGUGGAUAUCGAGGCCCUUUCCAAGAAAUGCGGCUGCACCGCACGGCAGGUGGAACGGUGGUUUCGCCGCCGGCGCAACCAGGACCGGCCCAGCGUGCUGAAAAAGUUCCGAGAGGCCAGUUGGAGAUUCACCUUUUACCUUCUUACUUUCAUUGCUGGCAUGUCUGUUAUUGCAGAUAAACCCUGGUUUUAUGACUUGCAGCUAGUUUGGGAAGGCUAUCCCAUUCAGACCCUGCUCCCUUCCCAGUACUGGUAUUACGUCAUCGAGCUGUCGUUCUACUGGUCUCUGCUUUUCAGCGUUGCCUCAGAUGUGAAGCGGAAGGAUUUCACGGAGCAGAUCAUCCACCACGUGGCAACCAUCAUCCUGAUGACCUUCUCCUGGUACACUAACUACAUUCGCGCUGGGACCCUGGUUAUGGCGUUGCACGACUCCUCGGACGCCCUGCUAGAGUCUGCAAAGAUGUUUAACUACGCCGGCUGGAAGAAUAUGUGCAACAACCUUUUCAUCGUGUUUUCUGUGGUUUUCUUCAUUUCCCGGCUCAUCAUCUUUCCAUUCUGGAUCCUGCACUGCACGGUGAUCUACCCGUUGAGCCUGUACCCUCCCUUCUUCGGCUACUAUUUCUUCAACUUCAUGAUGAUCGUCCUUCAAGGCCUGCACGUAUUUUGGGCUUACUUCAUUCUGCGAAUGGCCCAUAAAUUCAUAACUGGAAAGGUGGUGAAAGACGAACGCAGCGACCACGACGAGACGGAUAACACAGAGGAGGAAGAGGAGGAGGUGGUGGCUACAGCGGGGUUUAGCACAAAAAAUGGCCCCCUCACCAACGGACACCCCGUCUUGAACAAUAACCACCGGAAAGCCGACUGA